CGUCGAAGAACAAGGCAUCCAAGUCGAAGAAGGUUUCCAAAGUUACCAAGUCCAACAAGGCAAAGACUCUCUCAAAGUCCAAGGCCAAAGCUGCAAAGUCUAAGGCGGUGAAGUCAAAGACCAACAAGGGCAAAGCAUCCAAGUCUAAGAAGAACGUCUCCAAAGCCGGCAAGACCAACAAAUCGAGGACUAGUUCCAAGAACAAGGCUUCCAAGUCGAAAGGUGUGACCUCGAAAGGUAAAAAGGCCAAGUCUGCUUCGAAGAACAAGGGUUCCAAGUCAAAGAACGUCACCAAGGCGCGCAAGAACAACAAGGCCAAGACGAACACGAAAUCUAGGACCUCAAAGACCAACAAGGCUGGUGUAAGAGGGAAGGCUACGAAAGCUGCAAAGUCCAACAAGUCUAAGGGCGUCGCCUCCAAGGCUAAAUCUGGCGCAAGAAAGACUAGCACCAAAUCAAGGGGCGGUUCAAAGACCACUUCAAAAGCCAAGACUUCAAGAGGGAACAAGUCGAAUACGAGGGCAAAGACCACUGCCAAACCUCCAGCGAGAAAGACUGCUGCAUCGAAAGCCAAAUCUUUGCCCAUGAAAUUCAACAAGACUGUGCCAAAGGCGAAAGCUGCUCCCAAAGCUGCCGCCGCCGCCGCCAAAAAGAGUGGCAAGAAGGGUCGUCGUGACUUGUACUACAUGAACAGG